UUAUCCAAUCCUCCGAAUACUACUAUUGAACGUGAACUUUAACCUUUUUCGCAAUACCAUGUUUUCUUAUCAUCAUAACAGAUAUUUAGAGUGUUCUUUCACAUUUGAAUAACAUUUAUAAGAUAUGUCGUUGUAUAGAUUUUGGUGGAGAUUUGUGUUUGUUAAUUGUUUGUGGGUGACAGUUCAAAGUGGUAGAAGAUUUAAAAGAGAAGAUAUUGUAAAUGUUGCCAUAGAAUUAUUCAACAAUUGUAAAUGUGUUUAUGAUUACCAAUGUAGCACAGUCAAUGGGGAGAAUAUGAUAGAUCAAAGAUCCGGUGGUGAAUCUAGGAACUCAACAAAAAUAACGUGCAAAGGUGGACGAUUCGAUGGAGAAAUAAUCUGUUGCAAACAGACAUAUACCAACUGGACCGAAAUAACUAAUUUAGACUAUAAAAAUAAUACUAAAACAGAAAUGUUUCUUAAAUGCGGAAUUCAGAGAGCUAAAAUCAACGUGCGGGUAUUAACCGAUGAAGAAGAUGGCAACGUUCCUUUUAAUGGAGAAUUUCCUUGGAUAGUAGCUAUUUACAAAAAAAAUAUAGCAGGGCGAUGGGUUUUUUAUUGCAGUGGGGCAUUGAUACACCCUAAGGUUAUUUUAACGGCAAACCAUUACUUUCGAAGUAAAAAUGCAGCUGACUUCAAAGUAACAGCAGGUGGCUACAUAGAAUUAAGCAGAAUUGAGGAUAAUUUAAACUCUACAAGACAAGUAGUUGAAAUUGUGAACCAUCCCAAAUUUGACAAAGAUUCUCUUUACAAUGAUGGUACUUUGUUAUUCUUAAACGAAGCUUUUCAAAUCACUAAAACUAAUUCAAUUAAUACUAUUUGCAUGCCCCCUGAUGAUCUCAAUAUCAAUAAUAGUAGAUGUCUGGUUGCUGGAUGGGGUAAAGGUUCAACUAUCGAUGGUACAAGAGUACUGAAAAAAGUGGAUUUACCUUUGGUGUCAAAUAGUAAAUGUCAAGAGCAACUACGGAGAACCAGAUUAGGUAGAAGAUUCAUUCUUCACGAUUCAUUCAUGUGUGCAGGUGGUGAAAAAGGCAAAGAUGCUUGCAGGGGAGAUGGGGGAAGUCCGUUAAUGUGUUUGCUACCCGGCGAAAGAAGAUACUUUCAUAUGGGAAUAGUGUCUUGGGGCAUAGGAUGUGGUAGUGAGAAUGUACCGGGAGUAUAUGCUAGUGUUAUUAAAAUGAAAUCUUGGAUAUUAGAUGAAUUAAAUAAGAAGGAAAUCAAGUUAUAAGUUAUCUUUAGUUAUAAGAUUUGUAGAUAAAUUAAAAUUGUUAUAUUUGGUAAAUUUUGUAUAAAAUGAGUAUUUUAUGGUACAGUGUCACUUUUAAUAAAAUAAUUCUAUUUGAUUUUCCUUAAGAAUAA